CGGCAACCACAAUGCGAUAAGACUCCAUGACACUGCGACUAUACAAUGCUUUGAAUAUGACCUGAACCCUCACUCACUCACAUUGUUGAUUCUCUGACAGCGGCAUUUUGUGCGCCUAAAUGUACCUUGGGUCGCUUUUAAGGUGUCGUUCCUCAUCCCAAGGCCAUGCGCUGGGCGCAAAACCAUACGGCGCAGCCUCAACAUGACGACAAUAGACUUGGUGAUUCUCUCUUCUUCACCGCCAAAACCUCGCAGGCAUGAUGCUGCGUUUGCGCACGCAAUGUCUUUGUCGCCGAGCCGACUGCCAUCGCCCAAUACCCUUAUCCGACAAAACAGAGCUUUGCGAUCGGGCGCACCCGCUCCAAGUGCCGUGGCGUUAUUGAGUACGAGUGUUGGCGGCCUCUUGGGGGCAAACAAUACUGCGCGAUCGAAGCAGAACGACUCAAUUUGGGAUUUCCCUGAAGAUGAGAUGUCUGGGACGGAAUUGGCCAUACCGGAACCGUCAAAAGUGAAGGCUGCAUCCAAACCGAGAGCGAAGAAAGCCACUGCUGUAAAGGACGACAAUGGCGCGAGCGAAGCACCUCUCAAGAAGCCUCGAAAACCAAGGGCCAAAAAGACAGAUGAGGAUGCCGGACCUGUUGGGGAACCAGCUGUGAAACAAAACGCGGUUCGCAAACCAAGAGCGAAGAAAACCGACGCGGAAGGCCAAACGAAAAUUCCCAAGGGAAGGAUAACCAAGUCUUCAACCGGCUCGAUAUCUAAGAAUGAUGGCAAGGCGGGCGACACCGUUAGCGCACAUUUUGCGAAGUUUACGAAUACGGAAGAUUAUAUAGAUAUAGACAAUAUAACUCUGGAUAAAGGUUUAAAUUUACAAGAGGCAGCAAAACGACGGGCGGACUGGACGCCGCCGAAGGCCACAGACAAAGGGUUUUCAUUUGGAGGUGCAUUGGGAGAAGUGGUGGAUUUGGAUACGCCCCCAAAGGUGUUGACAGAUCUCCUUGGCAGCUUUGGGUAUUCUAAGCCCGAAGAACAAUCCACUUCUAUCAGAGAGGUUGGUAUGGUCACAGCACGAAAGCGAAAGCUUAUUGAGUUAGUCGAGACGAAUGCAAUGCUGGCAUCGCCGCAAGUCGCACCAACCACAAAGGCCACAAAGAAGAGGCCGACGACUAUCACCGAACGAGCUACUGCGGCGUAUGCGAGAGGCAACGAUGAUGAUAUGGAGCCGACGCCACUCCUUCAAUAUUUGUCUCACAAGGAUACCGGAUCUGGCUCUGGCACCAAGUCAAGGGCAAGAAGCCCAGCUAAGAAGCCAAGGGGCAAGAAAGCGGCGGCUCCGCCACCGCCAGAUCUACUCAAUCCACAAGCUGCACACGAGCAAGCCAACCGCCAAGAGUUUGUCUUUGGCACAUCAAGUCAACUUGCGCAGGACGAAGACCCUGAAUUUUUGAGAGACCUUCAGCAGGCGAUCCAACUCUCAAACCGAUCAGAGGAUCCCUUUGCCGAGGACUUAUCCCCUACCCGGAACGCUGCAACCUCCGGUAGGCGGAAAUCACCGAAGAAAAGGACAAGUCUGUGGGAAGCAGCAUUGAGAAUUGAAGAAGAGGGUGCUACAGAAGUGGAAAUACUAGAUUUAAUCAACAGUUCUCAAGUUGAAAGAGAAUUGCAGAUUGAUCGUGCUGCUUCAAUCGCGGCACAGACCGGUGAUACACUUGAAGCGGCCCCUCAACCAGAUCUUGCUGCACCUGUUUCUCUCGCAGACAGACCAUCUGCUCCAAAGGAACCGCCUUCACAACAUGCCAACCCCGUUUCCAGCAAACCCGGCAAUUCUACGGAGUUAUCAAUGGGUGAACAGUGCCCCAAUUUUGAAUCGUAUCCAACAGCUGAGCUGGCCAAAGAGAUCGCUUCUUACAAGUUCAAGCCCAUCAAAAAGAGAGAGCAGAUGAUUUCCUUGCUUAAAAAAUGCUGGGAAGGAAAGAAAAGGACAGCAUUGGGGUCUCUAGGAGUCAAUACUAUCAUAAACAAAACAGCCGAUGAGGCCACAUCAUCGGAGCGAACGCAGAGGCCCUCACAGAUGCCACCAGCGUCACCAACAAAGAUUGGAGACAGACCGCGGAAAGACAGUGGUACGACAUCGCCAUCGUCAAAAAGAAUGCCAAAGCCGACAGCCCGUCGGCCGCUAUUGCCUCACAAUAGUGAGAGGUUGGCCUCGGACAGCGAAACCCCCACCCAAUACCGCCAAUCUCCCCAACAGAAAGUAAAAAGGCGAAAGCCACUCCCCGAGGAGAUUUCUGACUCGGAUACCCUGCUCACGCCAUCGCCACCGCGACGGCGUGCAUCCCGAGGUCAUACGCCCCCCUCUCUUUCUUUGGUCGAAGACGAUAUCGCUGACAUUACAUUACCCCCGCUUUCACCGAAUUCCGCAGAGCAAGAGCUAUUCGAGCACAUCACGAAAGCGGUCACAACGGCACCACGCGGGACACCUCAGGCGCCAAGUUGGUACGAGAAGAUGCUGAUGUAUGAUCCGAUCGUUCUAGAAGAUCUGACACGGUGGCUCAACACCGAGGGCCUCGACGGGGUUGGGUAUGAUGGGGAGGCAAAGGGGGAGCAGGUGAAGACAUGGUGUCGAGCGAGGAGCGUAUGUUGCCUCUGGAAAAUAAGUUCACGGAAAGGAGGCGGAGUGAAGAAGCUUGGGAGGGGGAGCUGAAGGAUGGACAACCCUGGCUGGAUACAAACACAGUGCUGGAUACCUCAGCCCACCCUAAAUUGGUAAGCCAGAAAUAUGAGUAAUCACGGCUGGUUCACCAUUCAUAAUCGCAGCUCCCAAUCGCAUAGAUUACUAUUCAUUUGAUCAGGAAUCAUAACUUCGAACAGCCGCGUCAUAAUUCUCAUAAGUCCCUAGUAUAUCCCGACAGUGAAUGC